AUACACAAGCAGCCUGAGAGAGAGCAUUAACAACACACACAGCAACCAAAAGACAAUCCCUACAACAACCAAACCACAAUCCCUAUCUUAACAAUCAAACAACAGUAAAGAGAACCGUUUUAAAUUUAAUGGAACGGAAAACGGAAAUUGCAAAGGAAAAGCGUGAAAGGUACUUGCUGUGGGCCCAACUACCUAAGCUCUGUGAGCUUAGUGUGUGAUGUUUAAGCGACAGUGCUAGUCAUAACAGACUCUCUUCUCAAUGUAACAACAGAAUACUCCGCUACAAGAAUGCCCGCCAUUUUCCAGCGAAGACAUAAAAUUAUACAGAAUUUAAGAUUUUAGGUCUAAUGAAAAGCACUCAUCUCUAACCUGAAAUUUGUAACGCGAAACAAAAGAGGAUCAACGUUUCUCCGGCGAUAUUUGCAGGCUCAAAUUUUUCAUAUUUUUAUAGAAAAACCUCCUGCGAUUUUUUCGCAAGCUUAUGGCGUGACCAGAUACAAUUCGUACCUGAAAUUUGUAAAGUGAAACAAAAGAGGAGCGAUUUGAGUGUCAAAUUUUGCCGCUUCUUGUUUCUCGGUAAAUAUUUUCAGUCUCAUAUUGUCUCAUUCGAUUUUGAGGAGCGCCGCUUCUUGCUUCUCGUUUUAUUUGAAAGUCAAGAUUUAAAAAUCUUUGCGAUUCUUUCGGAAUCUUGUGCUCAUGGCGUGGCGAGAUACAAUACGUACAAUUCUCGGCAUCCUUGGAAAUGCGACCUCUUUGUUUCUUUUCCUUUCUCCACUGAAGAAAGUUUUCGGGGUGUGUAGAUCAAAGUCCACGGAGGAGUCUAGCAGCUGGGUGCCAUACCUAGCCACAAUUGCAAACUGUCUCCUUUGGGUGUUCUAUGGAGCUCCCCCAGUUCAUCCUAAGAGCUAUCUUGUCAUGAUUAUUAAUGCCGUCGGAGUUGCGCUCCAAUUGAUUUACUUUUUGGUGUUUCUCAUCUAUUCGGUUCCAAAUAAAAGGCGUAAUAUGCUUAAAGCACUAGGGGCGGUGGUUGUUUCGUUUGUGGUGUUAGUUGUAGUGACAUUAACAGAAUACCACAGCGCUGAGAGAAGAUCGUCAUUUGUCGGAGUUAUAGCUGCGUUCACCUGCAUUGGCAUGUAUGCAGCCCCAGUUUUCGGCAUGAAGAAAGUGAUUGAAACAGGGAGCGUCGAGCACAUGACACUUCCCUUGUCUAUUGCGGGGUUGGUUAAUGCUUUCGUUUGGACAGUCUAUGCACUUAUGGGUUUUGACCUAUAUGUUUUUGUUCCUAAUGUACUAGGAUUUUUGCUUGGUAUGGGGCAAGUGUAUGUAUAUCAAAAAUAUAACAGAACAAUCACGAUUGAUGAUUAAUUCUGAAAAUAUAAUAGGAAAGGUCUUCUCUUUGUUUUAUGUAGUUUUUUUUUAAUGUUGAUAAUAUUGAUUUUCGUAUUAAUAAUAGUUUGUGAUUGUCAAUAUUGAUAAACAUGAUGGAGAUUAUAAAACUCUUUUGUCAA